AUGGCCGCUCAGGCUGCUGCCGGCCGCCGGCAGCCUCCCGAAGUUGAUGGUUCAAUACGUCCUGUCACUGCUGAUAACCAUCUCCAUUCACACAAGUCCUUCGCCAAUGCCGUGACCUCCGGACUCAAUUCCGAUGCUCCUGAGGACAGUCCCUACUCCUUUCUGGCGGAGCCUCGUCCGGCUGCUAUUGGACAAUGGAUUUCCACUGCCGGACAGCCGAGCCUUGCUUUUACUGCUGACGAAACAGCAAGGUACACAGCCUCGCAUCCGUACAUUCUUAUCGGUAAAUUCUCUCACGGGUACUCUUCUUGGAAAGAUCUUACCGACGGUUUUGCGAGUUUCCGUUUGGCGGGGAAGUUUGUUUUGCAGCAUCUAAAUCACCGCCAUAUUGUGAUUCGCCUCACUACCGAGGCUGACUAUAUGCGACUUUGGAUUCGGGGAACUUGGUUCAUCAAAGGAUUCCCGAUGAGAGUUCUCAAAUGGACCCCCGAUUUCAAAACUACCGCGGAACCUCCACAUGUUCCGGUGUGGGUUACGCUCCCACUACUUCCUCUCCACAUGUAUCACAGAGAUCUUUUAUUUACAGUUGCUGCUGGCAUUGGGACCCCUCUGAAGGUUGAUACCCCUACGGCGACUCGGAGUCGGUGCUCCCACGCCAGAGUCUGUGUGGAAAUUGACCUUACGAAGCCCCUUCUGCAUGCCUUUGAGAUUGAUGUUGGUACUGGCAUGCUCGAACAGAAGGUCAUCUACGAGCGGCUCCCUAGCUUCUACUCACUCUGCCGCCAUCUUGGGCACAAAGCGGAGGCUUGUUUACGCAGACCCUCUUUGCAGUCGGUACCAGCAACCGUAUCAGCUGCGCAGGACCCUCCUGCUGCGCCUUCUGGUCGCCAUGACUCGGUGCAUGGCCCUUCUGAGAUCUCUGCAGCCCCCGCCUCUGGCUCCUUUUCGGCUUCUCUGCCGGGACCCCCAGCCUUCUACCUGAAGACCUUCCGAUGA